GACGGAAAACAUGGCGGCCUCUCCAGGCGCCUACUUAGUUAUCAGCAACAUUCCCGUCGCUUUCCACUCGGCGGAUCUCCGGAAUUAUUUCAGUCAGUUCAUAGAGAGCGGCGGCUUCGUUUGUUUUCAUUACCGCCACCGGCCAGAGGUACUCCGGGAACCUCUAUCGUGCGGGGGCAGCGAGGAGGACGCUGACAAGUCGUCCGGUAGCGACCGAGCAGCACCGGCAGCGGCUGAUGACAACUGCAGCAAAAAGACCAAGCAGGCGGCUAAAACUUGCUGUUGUGUCGUAUCCGUCCACGACAAGCACGCCGACAGGUUCGUCAGGAUGUACGCAGGGAACCACUGGAUCGACUCCAAGGGCAACUGGUUAACCAGGAGAUGUAUCAUUAAAAGAGUGAAGGUUUCACGACACAAUGAUGACAAGCAGUUCCCUUACAAGACGAGGUUUGAGCAGCGACACCGGGUGUCCGCAACCGAACACUUCACCCUCUCCGACCUCAAGACCUUAUCUGAACUCAAUCCACCCGCUCUGAUGCAGAAUGGCAACGUGGGCACGUCGGUCAAAGUCUUCCUGCAGCUCAUCCAGUCGUGCCGCCUGCCUCCCCGCCUCAUCCGCAAAUUGGGCCUCACGUUCCCCAAGACCGGCUCCAACCGUCGCUACGGCAACGUGCCUUUCCAGUACCAGGACACUUGCACGCUACCGGCCACAGAAGAGACUGUUUUGACAGCUGCUGGCCAUGAGAUAUCGGGACCGGGCGCUUUGGCCGCUCAAACGUCAGCGCGGAGGUGGCAGGAUGACCCCUGCGAGACAGCAGAGACUGAUGAGCCGCACACAGAAGAAGAGGAGGAGGAUGUGCAGUCAAAUGCUGAUGAUGACGAAGACUGCUGCGAGGAGUGGGAGCGUCAUGAAGCAUUGCAUGAUGAUGUGACGAGCCAAGAGCGAAGCAAAGAAAGGCUAUUUGAAGAAGAAAUUGAGUUGAAGUGGGAAAAGGGCGGCUCGGGCUUGGUGUUCUACACUGAUGCCCAGUACUGGCAGGAAGAAGAAGGAGAUUUUGAUGAGCAAACAGCAGAUGAUUGGGAUGUUGACAUGAGCAUCUACUAUGAUAAAGACGGCGGUGACAUGGACGCCCGGGACUACGUCCAAAUGCGACUGGAGAAAAGGCUUAGGGAUGGUCUUGAAGAUGGAUCAGGACACAAUCAGGCCAUUGGCAGUUUCGAGAGGUUCACAAAGGGCUUUGGCCGCCGCGUAAUGGAGAAGCAGGGCUGGAAGGACGGUGAAGGGUUGGGAAGCAGUCAAGCUGGGAUGCCUGACGCGCUGGAGAAUGAAGGCAAACAUCCACACUGCAAACGGGGGUUUGGAUAUCAUGGUGAAAAGCUACUCUUGCAUCCUGGUAAAAAGGCCAGAAAAGACUUCCAUAUAACUACAAUCUAUGAUCAACCCAAAGACAUUGAUAAAGGUGACUCUUUGCUCAGACGCCAAACAAACACCAGCAUGAAGUACAGAGGGUGGCAGCCAGGUGGCAGCGUUGGGCCACGUAGAUGA